AAUAAACGUGACAACCGGAAGUUUACAGUGUAGACGUAGUAGCUAGCGUUUUCUUCAGUAGGGUUAAAAUCUUCCACGUUUAGUUUACACCAAAAGCAACAAUGUCUGAAAGAAAAGUAUUAAAUAAAUACUACCCUCCGGAUUUUGAUCCUUCUAAAAUCCCCAAACUUAAACUCCCCAAAGAUCGACAGUAUGUGGUCAGAUUGAUGGCUCCGUUCAACAUGAGGUGUAAAACGUGUGGCGAGUACAUCUAUAAGGGGAAGAAGUUCAAUGCGCGUAAGGAGACUGUUCAGAAUGAACUGUACAUGGGGCUGCCCAUCUUCCGUUUUUACAUCAAAUGCACCCGGUGUCUCGCUGAGAUUACAUUUAAGACCGACCCAGAGAACACAGACUACUCCAUGGAGCACGGCGCGACACGAAACUUCCAAGCAGAGAAACUUAUUGAAGAAGAGGAGAAAAGAAUCCAGCAGGAGAGGGAAGAGGAGGAAUUGAACAACCCAAUGAAGGUGUUGGAGAACCGCACACGUGAUUCCAAGAUGGAGAUGGAGGUUCUGGAAAACCUCCAGGAGCUGAAAGAGCUGAACCAGAGGCAGGCUCAGGUGGAUUUCGAGGGAAUGAUCGACAAGUACAGAGAGCUGGAGAAGAGGGAGAGGGAAAGGGAGAAAGAAGAGGAUGAGCGAGAAACAAAAGAGAUGUUGGACCGUGUCCUUGUGAAAAGACUCCGAGACAGUGAUUCUGAGAAUGAGGAAGAGAGCAGCAGCAGCAGCAGCAUACAGCCACAGAGCUCCAGCACAGACAAACCAACAGACAUCCUCACCACUGACAAACCCUCAGAGACACAGGGAGCCUCAGGAGGAGGAGUUAAAAGGGCCAAGGUGGAGAGCUGGGAGAAGAGUGUGGGGACGCUAGGUGGCAGAGGGGCGCUGGGAUCUCUGGUCGUACGAAAGAAACCAGCAGCGGCUGUAAACAAGCCCAGUUCAGCGGCUUUAAACAAGCCCAGUUCAGCGACUGUAAACAAGCCCAGUUCAGCGGCUGCUACUGCUGCUGUCUCCUCACAAAAAGAUUCAAACACAUCAGCUGCCGGCUCCACUAAUGCCUCAAAGCCCGUUACCACACAAAACGGGUCGUCAUCUCUCAGCCUGCUGGGGAUGUACUCAGACAGCGACAGCAACGACAGCGAAUGAGUGGAAGAUGCUUGGGAUGGAUUUUUACUUGAGUGACUGAUUGUAUGAAUGAUGCAGAAAGGAACAAAUAAUGCAUUCUUACAAACCUCUAAACCUCGAAAUAAAUGAUGACAAAUCGACAGGAUAGUGGACAGCCGUUAGUUUUCUCUGCUGUCCAUAUAUUCAGUGAAUCAACAAUGUCCUUCAAUGUAUAUUUUAGUGUUCAUUAAAAUCUGUUUUG